UAGAACAUAAACAAGUUGGCAUAGCAACUGUAAGAAGACACACAGUAAAGAGUUUCAUCAAGAGAAUGGCGACCGCUGUGGCCACUGCUUUGAGUAUUUCUCCCCAGAAGGUCGCCUCCACCACCAAGUCCCAAGCUCCAGGCUUCACUAUCAAGGCUAGCAUGAAGAACGUGGAGGUGAUGGGACCUCCCAAGGCUGGAGCCUUCACAGAGCGACCUUCUACAAAGACUUCAUUCAGAAAGUUUUACGACAGAGGAGAUUUUCCCAUAGCCCUAGAGCACGACACCAAAGGCAACAAGAUUGCUUGGAAGGUGGAAAUAGAGAAGCUGGACUAUCAUCACUACCUCCCACUGUUUUUUGAUGGUCUAUGUGAGACGGAUCAUCCGUACGAGUUCUUUGCCAGACAAGGAGUUCAUGACAUGCUGGAGCACGGAGGAAGCAAGAUUCUGCCAGUCAUUCCUCAGCUCAUCAUCCCCAUCAAGAAUGCUCUCAACACGAGAAACAUCAAGGUGAUUUGCACGACCCUCAAGAUCCUUCAACGUCUAGUGGUAUCUGCUGACCUAGUGGGAGAAGCACUGGUACCAUAUUACAGACAGAUACUGCCCACCCUCAAUAUCUUCAAGUCCAAGAACUUGAACUCUGGGGAUGGCAUUGACUACAGCCAGCAAAAGAGAGAGAAUAUUGGAGACCUUGUGCAGGAGACACUGGAGCAUUUUGAGAAACGAGGUGGACCAGACGCUUUCAUCAACAUCAAGUACAUGGUUCCCACCUACGAAUCAUGCGUACAAACAAGUUAACUCUCACUUUUAUUGUUUAUUAGCUACUGUAUCUUGUUGAUUGAAUGAACAUCAUUGUUUCAAUUACUGUGA